AUUGCACACUAUAACGAAAUGUUACCUCUCUACUUCCCCAUUCGCCAUACGUAGACAUGCUAGCUAGAGAUUAGCGCUGGUGCUGAGAGGGAACAAAGGAUAUCGGGGGCAGAACCCAUGACGAGGACAGCCGAGGAUAGUCCUUCAUACCUCUGACAAAAUGUCAAAACGGCCGUCCUAUGCCCCGCCCCCUACCCCAGCCCCCGCCACACAAAUGCCCACCACCCCUGGCUUUGUGGGCUACAACCCAUACAGCCAUCUGGCCUACAACAACUACAGGCUGGGAGGGAACUCCGCCGGCAACAACAGGAACUCCUCAGGGAUUACGGUCCCGAAGCCGCCCAAACCGCCAGACAAGCCCCUGAUGCCCUACAUGCGGUACAGCCGGAAGGUAAGCAGGAAGGUUUGGGACCAGGUCAAAGCGUCUAAUCCCGAUCUGAAGCUAUGGGAGAUUGGGAAGAUCAUCGGGGGUAUGUGGAGAGACCUGUCGGACGAGGAGAAGCAGGACUACCUAAACGAGUACGAGGCUGAGAAGAUUGAAUACAAUGACUCCUUGAAGGCCUACCACAACUCCCCGGCCUACUUGGCCUACGUGAAUGCCAAGAACCGUGCCGAGGCGGCCCAGGAGGAGGAGAACAGGCAGCGGCAGUCUCGCCUGGACAAAGGGGAGGCCUACAUGGCCAUCCAGCCCGCAGAGGACCCCGAUGUGUCGUCGUCGUCGUCAUCCCACUCCUCAUCAUGGCUGUGUGGUGUGUCCUCCGCAGAUUACGACGACGGCUUCUCCAUGAAGCACAGUGCGGCCGCGCGCUUCCAGCGCAACCACCGGCUCAUCAGCGACAUCCUGAGCGAGAUCGUGGUGCCAGACGUGCGCUCCGUCGUCACCACCGCUCGCAUGCAGGUCCUGAAGCGCCAGGUCCAGUCACUCAUGGUGCAUCAGAGAAAACUGGAAGCGGAGCUGCUUCAGAUUGAGGAUCGCCACCAGGACAAGAAGAGGAGGUUCCUAGAGACCACUGACUCCUUCAACACAGAACUCAAACGGCUGUGUGGCUUGAAGGUGGAGGUGGACAUGGAGAAGCUGGCGUCAGAGAUGGCCGCCGCGGAGGAGGCGGCUCGACGCCGGGCGGAGGAGAGAGAGAAGGAGGCGGCCGAGCAGGCUGAGAAGGCAGCAGCAGCUGCAGCCGCCGCAGCGGCAGCCCAACAACAGCAACAGGAAAAACAACAACAGGAAAAACAACAACAGGAAAAACAACAACAAGAACAGCAGCAGGCUGCAGCCAGCACGGCUAAUGCUAAUGCUACUGCUACUGCUACCACUGCCGCCACCCCUGCAGCCAAGACGCCGCAGGCCAGCUCCACCCCCGAGCAGAGCCCAGCCAGCAAGGAGGCCUCAGAGGACACGCCCACCCCCAUGGAGACAGAUGAGGCCCCCCCCAGCGAGAGUGGCGCCGGCGAGAGCCAGCCGGCCGAGGUAGAGGACAAGGACAAGGCAGCGGUGGACAAGGCGGCAGCAGCAGCAGCACCUCCGUCACAGCCACCAGCCCCCACCCCUGCUGCCACUCCUCCUCCUGCUCCUGCUCCUGCUCCUGCUGCAGCGCCUCCUCCUCCUCCUCCUGCUGCUCCUCCAGCCCCGGCCUCGACCCCGGAGAGCACCCCCACCCCGCCAGGCGCAGAACCCCCCGUGGUGGAGGGCACCACGCAUGAGGGGACCACCGACAGCACUGCUUCCUCUGAGAGCAGUGGCACCACCAACACCAACUCCUCUUCCUCCUCCUCUUCUUCCUCCUCUUCCUCUUCCUCCAACACGCCCUCCACUAACACCACCUCCUCCAACCCUCCAGGACCAGAAGCCCCUGCUGCCCCCCCCGCCGCCGCCAGCGCCGCUGCUGCUGCUGCACCACCACCUCCUCCCCCCGAGCCCCCUGCCCCAGAGGAGCAACCACCUGCACCUCCCCUCCAAUAAUAUCCCUCACCGCACCCCACUGUUUACCUGCCUGACCCCCCACUACCACCCCCGCGCCACUUUCCCCGGCAGCACCAACCUAGCCUCCCUCACAGCCACCUCUAGCCAAUGCCUUUAGCCAUCCUAUAACUCAUAGGGUGCUAGUUCUUGCUUCGGUCCGGUGUGUACUCAGCACUGGGUUUGUUAUGUAACUAGUUCAGCAGGGCAGACUAGCUCUGAAUGUUCCGUCUCUCUAGACAGGACUGAGGGCAGCAGAGUGCUUUUUUUUAGAUUAAAAAAGUAAUUUUUAUUCCGCUCACUCACGGCACCUAUGAGCUUUAUCAGGCCGACUGAGGAUACUUUGAAACCCCCUUUAGAUCGAGCUGGCUUUCAUUACCAAAACACACACAGCAGCUUACCUGACUUUGGAAGCUGCGCUGUGCUGUACUGUACUGUGCUCUCCUCUCUCUCCAGGCUAACGAGGCCCCUCGCCCACUUCAGGAAAUGGCAACUAUAGCAGUGGGGAUCCGUGCCAACUGUCUAGGAAGUGACACCAGUGUACCUGCUGGUCUCCUGCCCUCCUCAGCCCCUAUGCAAGAGAAGAGAAGAGGGGGGGUGGGGGGCCUGAUAUCAGGGGGCUCUGGGCUCAUGCCAGCUGUUCUCCAUGCCUUAGGCACAUUUUGUCAUUCUGUCUUCCCCCUCUUUCUUUCUUUCUCUCUCUUUAACCCCUGCCCUAACCCCUCUCCCUCCCUCUCUUUUUUUUGACAUGCUAUAUUUGGUUGCCUCCUUUUUUAUAUUAUAAAAUUAGUGAGAAGAUCUCUAGUGUGAACGGACUGUAGUUACCGACUAUUUUACCAAAAAAAUUCCCCAACCUCAUGAGCUGGAUAUUUGACUGUUUUAACAUCUGAUGUAUUCACUGUUAUUAAACGGGUGAUGGAAGGUGACUUUCACAUCCCGUCACUAACUGCAUAUCUGUCAUGACAUGGAUUCCUUUUUAGAUUUGUUGAAAUUGGACCUUUUAGCAAGCCUUUGUCACCCUUAUAGUUUUUGUACUGUUAAACUAUAUUACUCCAAUAAAGUAAUUUCUAUUGUGAAAUA